AUGAGGCCUAAUGAGGUGGGCUCCCAGUACGAGCUGAAGGAUAACCCGGGGGUCCACCCUGCCACCUUCGCUGCCCACAAUGCCCACGGCUACUACCCCUACGGGCAGUUCCAGUACGGGGACCCGGGGCGGCCCAAGAACGCCACCCGCGAGAGCACCAGCACGCUCAAGGCCUGGCUCAACGAGCACCGCAAGAACCCCUACCCCACCAAGGGCGAGAAGAUCAUGCUGGCCAUCAUCACCAAGAUGACCCUCACGCAGGUCUCCACCUGGUUCGCCAACGCCCGGCGCCGGCUCAAGAAGGAGAACAAGGUGACCUGGGGCUCACGGAGCAAGGACCAGGAGGACCCCGCGCUCUUCGGCAGCGACACGGAGGGCGACCCCGAGAAGACGGAGGACGACGAGGAGAUCGACCUGGAGAGCAUCGACAUCGACAAGAUCGACGAGAACGACGGCGAGCAGAGCAACGAGGACGACGAGGACAAGGCGGAGCUGCUGCGGCCGGCCGGGCACGCCGACCCGCUGGGCAAGGACAAGGAGCCCGACGGGCUCAAGCCCCGCGACGCCCUCGGCCUGGCCAAGGAGCCGGCGGACAGCAGCACCCGCCUGGCCAGCCCCGGCGCACCCAGCAGCCUGUCCUCGCCGCCGCCCGCCGCCGCCGCGCCGGUGGCCCCCGCGGCCCCGCAGCUGCAGCACCCCGCCUUCCUCCCCAGCCACGGACUCUACACCUGCCAGAUCGGCAAGUUCCACAACUGGACAAACGGGGCUUUCCUCACGCAGAGCUCCCUCUUGAACGUGCGCUCCCUCUUGGGGGUAAACCACCACCACGCGGCCCAUCACAACCACCAUCUCCAGGCCCAGCAGCAGCAGCAGCCGGCCGUGCUGGCGGCCACCCUGGGGGCCCUGAGCGGCGACAAGGCUUCAGAGCGGACCAGCCCCAAGCACAUAGAAAGAGAAAAUGUACCAAGAACUGAUUCCCCACCUCCGCAGUUAAAAUCGCCUUUCCAGCCUGUCCGUGACAACUCUUUGGCUCAGCAAGAGGGAACACCGCGAAUUUUAACAGCUCUCCCUUCUGCUUGAUUUAAAUGGUUCCGUGAAAAAAAAAAAAAUUGCAGAGACUGGUAUAAAGGACA